AUGAGGAUCGCAAGCGCCAAUAUUCCGACGCCUGAGUCGACGCAAUCCUUCUGGCAUAGCGAACCGAACGAGUUCCUGCUGGGCCAUCGAACAACGGAUGCUCUCCCAUCCGAGGCAGACAUUGUCAUUGUUGGAAGUGGCAUCACUGGUAGCUCAGCUGCGAGAUACCUCGCAGAAGAUAAGAGGUGCAAAGGAAGGAGCAUUGUGCUCCUAGAAGCCAGAGAGGCUUGCUGGGGCGCCACCGGCAGGAAUGGUGGCCAUUGCCAGCCACUCCUUGUGAGUCGCGGCGCCGAUGUAGCGGCCUUCGAGAUCAAAAACGUCGACGCUGUCAAAUCCUACAUCGAUGAGCACAACGUAGCUUGCGAAUGGCGCACACUGCCUGCCUGUCACUCCUACUGGACAGAAGACAUCUUAGAGGAGGCCGAGAAGGAGAUAGAAUAUCUGAAAAAGGUUGCGCCAGAAGUGGCGGCUACGAUAGAAGUUAUAAAGGACAAGGACCAGAUAAGAAAGCACCGCGUGAAUCCAGACUGUGCUGGUCUCACCAUCACCCAAGGAGCUGCCAGUCUAUGGCCAUACAAGCUUGUGGCGCACGUAUUGGAGAAGCUCGUCAAAGAUGGAAAGCUCAACCUCCAAACACUUACUCCUGUGACCAAAGUCACAUCCGCAGAAGGGAAGCACACACUUCACACAGAACGCGGCCUUAUCAGCGCAAAAACAGUCAUUCUAGCCACCAACGGCUACACCUCCGCUCUCCUACCUCAAUUCGCCGAUCUCAUUGUGCCCGCCCGUGGAGAGAUGUCGUCUCUCCUCCCACCCAAGAAUUCAACCCGCCUCGCAGAAUCUCACGGCAUGUUUGGACCAUUCGACCAGCCGGUGAACGAUGAUUACCUGAUCCAACGUCCUUUUGAGGAUGUUCCCAAUCCGGCCGGUCAUCUUAUGUUUGGCGGCGGCCGCGGAACUGCUCUAUACCCCAGAGUGGGCGUCUCAGAUGACACUGUGAUCGACGAAGGAUCAGCUGCUUAUUUGCGUGAAGGUCUCCUCAAGCUGCUCGAACUCGACGGUGAGACGGAGGGUUUGAAGGAGCUUAAAGCCACUCAUGAAUGGACGGGUAUCAUGGGUUAUUCCAGGGACAAUUUCCCCUGGGUUGGCGAACUUCCGGAUCGACAGGGACUUUGGCUGUGCGGAGGGUAUACUGGUCAUGGGAUGCCGAAUGGUACGCUAUGCGGAAAGGCCAUUGCGGAAAUGGUACUUGCAGAAGCAGCUGGAGAGGAUGUCUCGCUGUUACAAGAAGAGCUGGUCAAGAAGGGUGAUUUGCCUAAAAAUUAUAUCUUGACCAAGGAAAGAAUGGCACAGGCAAGACUUUUGCCUACGGUCAAAGGCGUCCGUGUCAAUGAUCUGGUCUGA